CGGAACAAAAACACCAGCGUUCAAAGUUAAGUCAACCCAGUCCCGUCUGUCAACCCUCAACAAUGGCGACACAUGAAUUAAAACCUAAUGACUUUGAUGAAUCGUGUAUUUUCUGCCUUAUUGCGCACAACAGAGACGAAGAAACCACAGUUAUCAAGCAGGACAAGGAGUUGGUUUGUUUCAAAGACGUUUUUCCCGCCGCGCCUCACCACUACCUGGUUGUUCCUAGAAAGCACAUUGUCAGCUGCAAAUCUCUGAACAGAAGAAGCAUUAGCCUCGUGGAGAGGAUGGCCAAUUUUGGGAAAGAGGUGCUCCGUGACCAGGGGAUCACUGAUAUGAAGGACGUGAGGUUGGGGUUCCACCAGCCUCCGUUCAUCUCAGUGGACCACCUCCAUCUCCAUGUUCUCGCUCCGGCCAGCCAGAUUUCAAGUUUAAUGAAGUACAAGUUCACUCCAGGGACCGACCGUUUUAUUAUUGAAGAGUCUCUAAGGAAGCGCUUAGAGAAGGUGUCCCCACAAGUCUUCGCGAAUUGCGAAUUUUGAACAGUUUUUCGGAUACAAAUGAGGUUACACAUUCAACACUUAAAGGGACUCCAGUGGAGCAACACUCAUAAACAGGAGCUUCACAUCAGCCUCUAAGGAUCCGGCACCCUUGGCAAAACCACAGCCCGGAAAGUUGGUUCACACGGCAGGAUUAUAAA